UUCAUCAUCAGAAGUCCAGAGGAAAGUUCAGACAGGCAGGAAGAGAGACAGACAGAGAGACAGACAGGCAGACAGACAGGCAGAGAGACAGACAGACAGACACAGAGAGACAGACAGACAGACACAGAGAGACAGACAGACAGACACAGAGAGACAGAGACAGGCAGACAGACGGACAGACAGACAGAGAGACAGACAGACAGACACAGAGAGACAGAGAGAGAGACAGGCAGACAGACAGACAGAGAGACAGACAGACAGACACAGAGAGACAGGCAGACAGACAGACAGACAGGCAGGCAGACAGACAGGUAAUCAGCAGGUAAACUGUCAUCAUGUCCAGGUUUGGAUGUUCCAUUUCAGGAUGAUCGUCUGGUUCUCGUUGGUUCUCCUCCUCGUGUCUUCGGUUCCCUCCAUAAUGGCUGCAGAACCUGCUGGCUGUAAGAUCCGCAUCACUGACAAAGGCCUGGACAUGUUGAAAUCUGAAACUCAGAGGUUUGUUGAAGAGGAGCUCAGUAACAUCAGCAUGCCGGACAUGAAGGGCAAAGAAGGACGCUUCCAAUACACCAUCACUGAAGUGAAGAUCACGGAGCUGAAUCUGACUCAUGCCGACCUGCGCUUCAUCCCCGACAUCGGUUUGUUGUUCGACGUUCAGAACUCGUCCAUCUCCCUGACCUUCAAUCGACGGAUCCUCUACUGGUUCUUCUACGACACGGGGAACAUCAACGCGUCGGCUGAAGGCGUGAACAUCAACACGGCUCUAAACCUGAUCAGAGACGAUGAAGGACGACUGAAGAUCAACAACAUCAGCUGCGACGCCAACAUCGCCAAGAUGAGGGCCAAGUUCAGCGGAACUCUGGGGAGAGUUUAUGACUUCCUGGGACGAGUUCUGACGACGGGAAUGCGCUUCCUGCUCAACCAACAGAUCUGCCCGGCUCUGAACCAUGCUGCUCUGGUCCAUGUCAACUCUCUGCUGGAGACGAUCCCUGUGAGGACGGAGGUGGAUCAGUUUAUCGGGAUCGAUUAUUCUCUGAUCGACGACCCAGUGGUGACGUCCAGGAGCCUCGACAUGAACUUCAGGGGGAUGUUCUUUGACCUGUCGCAGCAGAACGUCUCUCUGGUGAACUAUGCCGUGGAGCCGGUGAUCCGGGAGUACGACCGGAUGGUCUACCUGGCGCUGUCCGAGUUCUUCUUCGACAGCGGGAUGUUCUCCUACUACACAGCUGGGAUCUUCCAGCUGAAAAUCGUCAACGAGAAGAUGCCCAAAGAUCUGGAGAUGCUGCUGAGGACCACCUACUUUGGAGCCAUGAUGAUGCUGAACCCGGCUCUGGUGGACGCCCCCAUGUCUCUGCAGAUCGCCGUCAACUCGCCUCCAAAGACCACCAUCAAGACGUCUGGGGCAACAGUCGCCAUGACGGCCAACGUCAAGGUGAUGGUGCUGCCUCCAGGGCAACCGCCGGUCCAGAUGAGCAGCAUGACGAUGGAGACAAAGUUCAAUGCCAAAGUGUCCAUGAGAGAAAAACGCCUGUGUGUCCAUGCCGACCUCCGCAGGUUUAAAAUUUUCUCCAACCAGUCGGCUCUGGAGUCUCUGGCUCUGAUUCCCCUCCAGGCUCCUCUGAAGACGAUGCUCCAGAUGUCGGUGGUUCCUCUGAUCAACAACUGGACUAAGACAGGCGUCCGGAUCCCUCUGGCUGAUGGGAUGGAUUUCGUUGAGGAGGUGGUUGAAUAUCACAACGGCUUCAUCGUGAUCGGAGCCAAUCUUCACUUCAGCAAAGGCCUCAGGGAGAUGGUAUCGGCCAGCAUGGAGGGCAGCAGCAACAGCACCGGCAGCGCCUGAACAUCUGGAGAAUGUCUGGAGAACGUCCUCAAAGAGAAACACUGUAAAUACACAGGAACACUAGGAACCAACAGCAGGGAACCUUCAGACAGAACCAGCAAAACGUCUAUAUAUUUCUGCAGCAGCUUAUUUACCUAUUUAGUAAGGACACUGUGAAACCUGGCCAACACUGGAAACACACAACGGCAUCACAUGGUGUGUCUCCAUGACGACACUGUGUCACAACUCAGGCUCCACCCCUUCUGAGGGGGCGUGGCCUUCCAGUGACACAUGACGUCAUCAGAACAGCGGCGGUGCAUUCACUGAACCCUGCACCAGAAACCUCAACACUGCAGCAGGAAGGCUAGAGGAACAAAACCUGAAUUUAACCAGAACUUAACCAGAACUAAACCUUAAAUGAUCUUGAAGUAAACUAGAACUAAACUUGAACUAAACCUGAAGUAAACAUAAACUAAACCUGAAGUAAACCUGAAAUUAUCCUGAAAUUAUUCUGAAAUUAACCUGGAGUAAACCUGAAAUCAUCCUGAAGUAAACCUGAAAUAAACCUGAACUAAACCUAAUCUAAACCUGAAAUUAUCCUGAAAUAAACCUGAAAUUAUCCCGAAAUAAACCUGAAAUAAACCUGAAAUUAUCCUGAAAUAAACCUGAAGUAAACCUGAACUAAACUAGAAGUAAACCUGAAGUAAACCUGAAAUAAACCUGAAGUAAACCAGAACUAAACUUGAACUAAACCUGAAGUAAACAUGAACUAAACCUGAAGUAAACCUGAAAUUAUCUUGAAAUUAUUCUGAAAUUAACCUGGAGUAAACCUGAAAUCAUCCUGAAGUAAACCUGAACUAAACCUAAACCUGAAAUUAUCCUGAAAUAAACCUGAAAUUAUCCCGAAAUAAACCUGAAAUAAACCUGAAAUAAACCUGAAAUUAACCUGAAGUAAACCUGAACUAAACUAGAAGUUGUGUGAUGAUUCUGUUAAUAAAGUCUCUAUAUAACUGUUCAGAUGAAAAUUAGAAGGAUCGCCAGACGAAAAUGUGAGAAAAAUGUACCUCUCAGGUCUCAGUCUCAGGAUUCUGCUAAAAGUAACAAUCAAUGAUUGGAAAUCAAUUACUGAACAAAAGUUUGUUGAUCAGAUUUUAUUUUUAUCAGUUAAAAAACAAAACAUUUUAACAAAAAGUCACUUAAUUUAAACUCACCUCAUCACAGCAACUUUAAUUAGCAGCUUUAAUUAGUUUAUUAUACAUCACUUCACUAUCAGUUCAUACUAAUGAUCAACCAGCUAACGAACUAUUAAUCACUUAUUGAUCAGCAGUGAGCAUCACAGAUCGGUGAAUCAUUGUAAACGUGCAGCUCUUCCUCGUGUUAAUGAACACAUCAGUCACAGUUUUUUAAUCAAAGUUCACUUUUCAAACUGAAAAUUAAAUAAAAUUCAUCUGAGUGCUGAAAGAAA